AUGUCGGGCUCUGGGUAUGACGCCGUGGUCGACGUGGACGACGAGGGCGAUCUCGGGCACACGGACCUUCAGGAAGACGGCCUCGAAUUCCACAACUCAACGUUCCAAGAGAACACGCGCGGCGGCAGCAGCCGCAAGGGCGCCUCUUCGGGCCUGCCGCCCCCCGUGACGGCCUCUUCGUCGUCGUCGUCGCCGAAGCGCUUUCUGUGGUCGACUUCGUUUUACGCGCAAUUCUUUGACGUGGACACGUCGGCGGUGCUGUCGCGCUGCUGGGCGGCGCUGUUUCCGCGCGCCAACUUUCUCGACGUCCUCGACGGCAACCCCGAUCUCUACGGGCCGUUUUGGAUCGCCACGACGGUGGUGCUGAUUCUGUUCCUCGGCGGCAGCAUCAGCCAGUGGCUGGCGACGCGGGGCACGACGCCUUUUGCGUACGACUUUCGCCUCCUCAGCGGCGCUGCUGGCUUGGUCUAUGGAUACACGCUUGUCAUUCCCGUCGUGCUCUUCCUCGCGCUCCGCUACUUUGGCAGCGAGUCGGCCAACCUGCUCGAGUGCUGGGCCCUGUACGGCUACUCGAACCUCAUCUGGAUCCCCGUCGCCUGCAUCAGCUGGUCGCCCAUAUCCAUUCUCAACUGGACAUUUGUCGCCGUCGGCUUCGGCGUCUCGGUCGGCUUCCUGCUGCGCAACCUCUACCCGGUGCUCAGCGCCACGGACCGCCAGACGAGCAAGAUGCUGCUCAUCAUCGUCGUCGCCCUGCACUUUGGCCUCUCGUUGGCCAUUAAGAUUCUAUUCUUUGCGCACGGCAGUCCUGUGGCCAAGAAGCCUGCAGAGGGCGGUGGUGAGGAUGCUGGUGGUGCCGAGAAGCUUUUUCUCUUUUAA